UGUUUGGCAGGUGAUUAGCAAAGAGAAGCUCCUCCUCAGCCUGCUACGGCAAAGACAAACCUGGACAACUGUAUAGCAAUAUAAGGGAUUUGGCAGGACAGAAACGAUCAAGAUGGACACAUCUAAACUUCCAAAGAUCCGGGAUGAGGAGCGAGAGAGCCAGUUUGGAUACGUCCAUGGGGUCUCCGGACCAGUGGUGACAGCUACUGCGAUGGCAGGAGCGGCCAUGUAUGAGCUGGUUCGUGUUGGUCACAGUGAGCUGGUGGGAGAAAUCAUCCGUUUAGAGGGAGACAUGGCGACUAUCCAGGUCUACGAGGAGACAUCUGGUGUGUCUGUCGGCGACCCUGUCCUUCGAACUGGAAAACCUCUCUCUGUAGAGCUGGGACCAGGUAUCAUGAACUCCAUCUUUGACGGUAUACAGCGUCCAUUAAAAGACAUCAAUGACCUCACCCAGAGUAUCUAUAUCCCAAGAGGAGUAAACAUUGGUGCUCUUAAUAGAGACAUUAAAUGGGAAUUUUCCCCCGGCCAGAGCCUUCGGGCUGGCAGUCACAUGACAGGGGGAGAUAUCUAUGGCAUGGUGUUUGAAAACUCUUUAAUCAAGCACAAGCUGAUGCUUCCACCUCGCAACAGAGGCACCGUCACCUACCUGGCCCCGCCUGGAAACUACGACCUUUCUGAUGUGGUUCUGGAGCUUGAAUUUGAAGGUGUAAAGGAGAAGUUCACCAUGAUGCAGGUGUGGCCAGUUCGACAAAUCCGCCCAGUGACAGAAAAACUACCUGCUAAUCAUCCACUGCUGACUGGACAGAGAGUUCUGGACGCACUUUUCCCAUGUGUGCAGGGUGGCACCACUGCUAUACCAGGCGCCUUCGGAUGUGGAAAGACUGUGAUCUCACAGUCCUUGUCCAAGUACUCCAACAGUGACGUCAUUAUCUACGUGGGCUGCGGAGAGCGUGGAAAUGAAAUGUCUGAAGUGCUGCGGGAUUUCCCUGAGCUUACUAUGGAAGUCGAUGGCAAAGUUGAGAGCAUCAUGAAGAGAACGGCGCUGGUUGCUAAUACAUCCAACAUGCCUGUGGCUGCUCGAGAGGCUUCUAUUUAUACAGGGAUCACACUGUCUGAAUACUUCAGAGAUAUGGGCUACAACGUGAGUAUGAUGGCCGACUCGACGUCCCGAUGGGCCGAAGCUCUGAGAGAAAUCUCUGGACGAUUGGCUGAAAUGCCUGCUGACAGCGGGUAUCCUGCAUACCUUGGCGCCAGGCUCGCCUCCUUCUAUGAGCGCGCUGGACGUGUUAAGUGCCUGGGAAAUCCAGAGAGAGAAGGCAGCGUCAGCAUCGUAGGAGCUGUGUCCCCCCCUGGUGGAGACUUCUCAGAUCCUGUCACUUCAGCCACGCUGGGAAUUGUCCAGGUGUUCUGGGGUUUGGACAAGAAGCUGGCUCAGAGAAAGCACUUCCCUUCUGUAAACUGGCUAAUCAGCUACAGCAAGUACACACGAGCUCUGGAUGAAUAUUACGACAAACAUUUCCCUGAGUUUGUUCCUCUUCGUACAAAAGCCAAGGAGAUUCUGCAGGAGGAGGAGGACCUGGCUGAAAUUGUGCAGCUUGUAGGCAAGGCUUCCCUUGCUGAGAGUGAUAAAAUUACUCUGGAAGUGGCUAAGCUCAUAAAGGAUGACUUCCUGCAGCAGAACGGUUAUACCCCCUACGACAGGUUCUGCCCUUUCUACAAAACUGUUGGCAUCCUCUCAAACAUGAUCGCGUUCUACGACAUGGCCCGACACGCUGUGGAGUCCACAGCUCAGAGCGACAACAAAAUCACCUGGGCCAUGAUCAGGGAGCACAUGGGCGAGAUCCUGUACAGGAUCAGCUCCAUGAAGUUCAAGGACCCUGUCAAGGAUGGCGAAGCUAAGAUCAAGGCCGACUACACCCAGCUGCUGGAGGACAUGCAGAAUUCCUUCCGAACCUUGGAGGAAUGAGUUUCCUACCUCUCCGCUCUUCCCACAUAUCCAAACCCCAGUGCAGUGCAACAUAGUGCAGAUGAAUUGGCCCGUGUUCUGAGUGUCUGCCUCAGUCAUGUGAACUCCUGUAUCCCUUGAUGUUUACGUCCCCCUAAACAUUCCAUGACCUGCACACAUUUGCAUUUCAUUUGAUUUUUGGAAACCUUACUCAUCAAAAACACAGUACUGGAAGACACCUGAAAAUAUGGUCUGUUCUGCAGAUAAAGCGUCACCUUGUCUCGAACCCAUCACACGGCACUUAUAGCUCAGUACACCAUCAUGUUGCGGUUAAAAUCAGUGGGCCUCCAUCAGGUGCUGCACUUGCACUUAACUAUUAGCUGCAACAAAGAGUGGAGAUGUCUGUUUUCUCUUCCCCCAGAUGUGACAGUGAUCAUUGCAGAUUGUAAAUCAAAUGGGAACAUGCUUGUGGAUAAAGGGACAGAGGCGCUGUGUUCUAUCAGGGGGGUUAAAGAAUUCUUCCACCUUUUACCUCUUAAGCGUGAUCGUGAUGUUGUGGACUAUUUACUUGAUAUUAUGUAUAAAUGUGAAUGAAUGAAUCUGUUAGUUUGUGGUGUAACAGAUGUCUCAAUAUUAUAUUCAUGGUACGUUAUUGUGUCCUGAAAUAAAUGUUACGAAAAAAAAGACAA